AUGAACCUUGCUUUGAUUCCGCGAGUUGCGCGUCCUUCAAGCCAGGAACCCCGUUUGGUCGGUGCUAAAAACCCCACGACCACCUGUCCCGCGGGGUUGGCGCGCGUCCGGUCGCGUCGAACGCUGACAUCUACGACCACCGUGGACAGCACUGCGCUUCUAACAAGCCAUGAGCCUGUCUUACAGGCCCUGCCCGUUCGGGUACGCGGUGAAUCCGUUGACGGGAUGGACAGAGCAGGUUCUUUGCAAGCGGUGGAUCCGUCGGUUGACCGAGGGUGUGAUGGACAGAGCAGCAGGCUUGCUCUGUCAUUCUUGGGUGCAGCGCGCCAGUCAAAGCAUCAUUUGGAAUGGACACUUGUCUUGAGCACGCUCAGCUUGUUGGAAACAUGCCUGGCUUCUUGCGUAUGA